UCGCCUACCUGGUCACCCACGACCCUUGCCCGCACCUUAACCACUGUGAUUACUUGUGUAGUGGUGUACCUGUGUGUGGGGGAGGUGUAGUAGCCUGUAGUGGAAAGAGAACUCCAGUGCUCAAGAUACCCCAGGUAUCAGGUAUUUCAGGUGUGCCAAACGUGUAGUAUAUAAAGCGGUUAUAUAAAGAAACUAAAAACACUAAUCUUACAGUCGCAGUGCAAAGGAAAGAAAGACUGAUAGAAAAAAUAAAAAAGUUUGUGAUACUACUUCAGUAGACUGUGUGUGUUGUAUUUUUAGACAAAGAACAAGAUAAGCGGUGUUAAAAUUUGUGUGAUGUGAGAAUGGGUGAAUAUUUAUGAUAGAGUCGCUCCCGAGGGAGGUAUGUAAGACGGGAGGAUGGUGGCGCCCCUGUGUUACUGAGAGGGGCGUCCCCCAUCCAUAGAUGGAGGCUGAAAUGAAGAACACCAUUAGGAGAGAUUCUGGCGAAGAGGACAUAGUUGACGAGCAGCAUUCAACAGCGCCUUCUGCAGUAGACGACGAAGAGAGGGAGAGGUCUGACGGUGAAAGCUCAACAGGUGCCCUCAGCAUGAUGCUGGAGGGCGGUGAGGAAUUGCUGGUGAUGGACAAGCCGCUGCUGGAGAUCCCAUGCGGUGUCCAUGACCAGACACUGCUGGAGGUGCCGCUCCCCCCCACCAAUGACAACAAUAAUAAUAACAGUAAUCCUGAGGGCGUGAUGAGUCCUCCAGAUAAUGCCCCGCCGCACGUCAAAGGGAUAGCCGCAGUAAAGACGGCGUUUGACCUUGAACACGAGACUGUUGACGAGCCAGAUGCCCGUCUAGGAUUCAUCAACGACGAGGGUGCCACCGACCUGAUGGCGGCCAUCUGUCGCGUCCUACCGGAGCUACAGGCCGUAAACCAAGUGUGUGUGAUGCGCCACUCCAACCUCGUGUUGACUGAGGGAGUAGGAGCCCAGGGGCAGGCCACGCAGCAGGGGAGUGACGUGCUGUUCCCCGGGGACACACCCACGCCCCCACGGACUUCACCUGAUCACCCUGUACUUACUAACCCCUCAGAUGAACCACACAUGAAACACACACAAGCAUCCAGCACGCCAUGCCUUGGGUCUACUGAGAAUGGCCCACAGUAUGAAAAUUCUAGCGUUGUAGAAUCUCAGGUGGAUGUCCUUCAUAUGGGUAAAAAUACAGACCUGAAGCAUUUAUGUUCAGAGGAGAAGGACUCUACUGCAGACUGUGUCGGUGGAGAGGAGGUGGAAAUGACGCCCGCUAGAUCUGAGGGCGAACAGAAGUCCCAGUGGCUUGUUGAUGAGGAGCACCCGGUAGAAGGACCCGAGACUGUGACUGAUGUACUGAUGGGAAAAGAGUUUGUAGUUAAAGAGAGAAAGGAAGGCGCAGACCAAAACGGACCGAAUGUGAAUAGUGAAUUAAAGAUUGAGAGGGGAGGCAAGGAUAAAGGUCAAGGAGACAUGGAGAGUGACGGAGAGACUUCAAGCCCGGAUAUACUAACAACACUCGACAAAGGAGGGGAAGACAACAGUGAGGAACUUGUUUCAGACGGAGAUCAUGCUGGGGACUUGGAUACCCCACACCAAAAUGCCACAGAAGAUAAAAAAGAAAAUGUGAUUCUGCAUCCAGAAACCGGGCUCGACCCACAGCCUGUUGAGGGUUGUAACGAGCCGCACUACGCCACGGUGAGGAAGGGUUGCCCUGUACCCAUAGUGGAUGACGGGAGAAAGUACGUGAACUGUGAGGUCGUGGAGUCAGGAGGACAGAGUAACGACGGUGCCAAAGAUGUGAAGGUUGUGAUGGACUCUUCUGAAUAUGUAUACGACUGUCCAAGUGAGAUGGAGAAGAAAAGUAGCAGUAGUAGUAACGUUAGAGAGGAAAUUGGUGAUAAAAGGAUCACUACUGACACUAACUUGGAGGUUGAAAGUGAAAGUGGCGCGAUUGACCCCAAAGAAAAUGAAAAUGAUACCCUGCCCAGGGUCUCUGAGCCAAUCUAUGAAAGCAUCGAUGAUAGAAAUGAAAGAAGCGACGAUAGAAAUGAGAGAAGCGGCCAGGACUGUGACUCACGGUCGAGCAGGUCGAGUCGUUCUAGUCGGUCGAGUACCCUGAGUGGCCCCUGGUGCGAGGACCGCAUCUACGAGGACAUCUCUGACCUCGGUAGUGGCGGUGGCGGCGGUGGCAGCGUCGGGGGCGGCAGUGGCGGUGGUGGAAGCGGCGGUGGAGGUGGUGGUGGGGGUGGCGUCGGCUCUGGUGGCAGCGAAGAGACCUGGGUGUCGCGUCGCCUCCACGUGCACCGUCAGCUGUCGUCUUCAGACUCGUGGGGGUCCGAGGACUUCGAGUCGUACUCUAGCAACGAGGAGGAGAACGGUGGAGGGUCAGUCAAGACACAGGCGCCAAACCUGGAGAACUUCAAACAACGUCUGUUGCGAAAGAGAGAACAGUGGCGAGAAAGACGGCAGUCCAGCAAAAGCCUAAAGGAUGCCGCACGUAAGGAUUCCAAGGAAGACCAGUCGAAGGAAUCUGCCAAACCUGCAGAGGAAAAUCCUCCCUCUACACCAGACAAUAAAUUGUAUAGAUGGUUUUCUUUACGCAAGAGCGUCAACUAUGACGUUGAGCGACGUAGUAAUACCAUUGCUAACACUGAGCGCACCAGCUCCUACACCACCACCAACAAUGGAACCAAUGCCACUAGCAACAACAGGAUGCCAAAGCUUUUGGAGGAGGCAGACUCUGAACAUGGAGGGCUAUUUUCUGAGAACGGGGGGGUGUUUGCACACACUUUUCAGCGCAGACACCAACCCCCUGCCCUACCACCCAUGCCACAAAGCCUCAGUCCAGAACAGAUCAAAAGGCGACAUAUUGUUGCAUCUAUAGUUCAUAGUGAAAACAAUUAUGUAGCAACCCUACAGAGACUAGUCAAUGACUACAAAAAACCUUUAGAAGACUCGAAACCUCCAGUCCUCAGCACAGCCAAGCUUUCUACAUUGUUUCACAGAUUAUCAGAGAUUCUUCAGUGCCACACACUAUUCCGUAUCGCCCUGGCUGAGUGUGUACGGCAAUGGGAUCGAGAGGAGAAGAUAGGAGAUGUAUUUGUCGCUUCUUUUUCCAAGGCGAUCGUCUUGGACAUUUAUAGCGACUUCAUCAACAACUUUGCUCGUGCCAUGGAAGUUGCAAAGCAAGAAUCUAAAAAGAAAUCUGCUUUUGCUGAUUUCCUAAAGAUGCGUCAGAUCACCUCGCCUGAUCGAUUGUCAUUCUUUGGACUUAUGGUGAAGCCUGUCCAACGCUUCCCUCAGUUCAUUCUCUUUCUCCAGGACCUCCUGAAACAUACUCCUCAGGGGCACCAUGACCGGAUGUCACUACAGCUUGCUCUCACUCAACUAGAAUCAUUGGCAGAGAUGCUGAAUGAGAGAAAACGUGAGGCAGAACAAUAUCAGGCUUUCCGUGACACCCUCAAGCAUAUUAAUACUAAGUUUGCCUUGCGAGGAAUACAAGAAGGUAGCCGCUAUUUACUACGACAAGAUGAUGUUCUUCAGCUGGAGUUCAACCAAAGUGGCCUGAUUAGUAAGAGCAAAGGACGCAGGCUGUUCCUCACCAAUGAUCUGAUCAUCUGUGUGACAGUGGUGCCAAAGACAACUGAUGAUUACGGUCAUCAGAAUGAGCGACUCUCUCUCAAGUGGGCCUAUCCUGUCACGGAUGUUGAGAUUCAAGACACAAGUUCUUCUCCAACUUUGAGUCGGUUAUUGGCCUCGGGAGUCAACAAAACAGGGUCCAUUAACUCAGCUCGUAUCCCAGAGGAAACUAUGGGUUCCAACGUAGACAACUUGUGCCAAGAGAUGAAUGAUCUUAUGCAUGAUUAUGAAGUGGUGUCCCGAAUCUCAACCCUUGUGUCAUCACUCAGGGGGACUUAUGAUGGUCUGACAGCAGAACACCUACAGCAAGUUUCAAACAACAUCCAGAGAGCUUUACACAUUCGAGAUGAGCAGAUGGCAUGGGUAGAUGCUUGCUGUUUGCAAUUCACAGCUAAGAGCAAGGAAGGCCGAGAAAAGGAGACAUUUACUUUCCAGACCAACAAUCCUGUUAUCAAGAAGGACUGGAUUGUAGAACUUCGUUUAGCACAGCUGGCUCUUGACAGCUCUAAUUCUCCUGCAUGGGAUGUACCAGAGCAAGAAAAGCGACCAUCAACUAAAAUGCCACUAUUUGUCAAGUCUCUUCCAGUCUUUUCCUCUCCUCAUGAUACAGAGGUUAAAUGUGGGUGCUGCUACACUGUGACAAUGUCCCGGCCCAGCAGGUUGUCAGGAACAGGUCGGCAUCACACAUACCUAUGGUUAUGUUCCACAGAUGGGGUCUCAUCACACAUCACCAUUUACCUCAUGCAACAGGUUGGCCUCAGAGAGGUUGUGCGUGUAGACAUGGUUGAAGUGUGCGUGACAUCGCUGCAACAUGUCCCUGGCAUCACAACUACAGAUGAGCCAUCACUGCGAGCUCACACUGUAUGGAUGGGCACACACUCACACAGGUUAAUGGUGUACAGCGGGCUGGACCCAGAACGCCAAACUGAACUUGGCUCAACAACUGUACCAGCUGCCAUCACUACCAUCAAGUACCACUGUGAUCAGGUAUAUGUAGGUCUUUGUAAUGGGUGUGUCCAGGUGUACCGCCGUGGUGCUGAUGGUGCCUGGCAACUACGUGAACCUCUCAACAUAAUCCUGGGCUCACAGGCCGUCUCAGCACUCCUCCCCAUCAACACUCAUGUCUAUGCUGCUUGUGGGGACCAUGUACAUGUUAUUGAUUGCUUUACAGCAGAAGUUACUAAGAAGUUCUCUGUUCAUCAUGACGGUGCUGGUGGAGUUCAACUAAUGGCACACUCUGGCAUUGGACUGUGGAUUGCUCAGCAGAACACCUCAACAAUCUGUCUUUAUCACACCGAAACCUUCCGCCAUUUACAAGAUAUUAAUGUUGCUUCAAAUGUUAAUCGGGUGUUAGGUGAAAGAGGUAUUGCUGCUUCCAGUGUUAAUGUGACGGCACUGCUAGCCUCAAGAGGACUCUUGUGGGUGGGCACAAAUGUAGGUGUUGCACUCACUAUUCCAUUGCCACGUCUGGAAGGUGUGCCAAUAAUCAGUGGACGUGCAAAUAUUAGCUAUCAUGCUCACAAUGGACCGAUAACCUUCCUUCUAACACUACAGCCGCAUUCAAGACCUCAGGCCUCUCUUCCUGAGUUAAGACCUGGUUCUCGCCCUUCCUUACAAGAUAACCAUAGUCACUCACAGCAGCAAGAGAGUUCUCGAACUCAUGGUUCAGAUGACAUCCGCAGUCUCAUAGUCACACCAACUCCUAUAUCACGACUGGAAAAGCAGCAGAGUGAUGGCAGUCUUGUACCACCAAAACGUGUACCUCCACGUUUGCGGCAGCAGUUGAGUUCACCUGUAAUAUUGCGGCGUAAACCAAGAGAUACUCAGCAGCAUAUGCGACGCUUGUCUAAGACUUUGCCACGUGGUUUGGGUCUUGGAACUUUAGCAGGUAGUCAGGAAUGUGAUGUAUAUGGCCUCUAUGGAGAUCUGUUAAAUGUUCAUGAGUAUGAAGAUGAGCCUAUGGUAAUUGGUGAGGGCUUUUUAUUGUCCCGUUAUGAUUCUAUGCGCCGCAGUGACCCAGAACUGGCAGUUCCAGCUCAACUUAGCACUUUGGAUCGUCGAGUGCGACUCAAAGCCUCACGCCCACGUUCCUUAGAUCUUUCAACAUGGUCCAUGGACUCGAGAGCCUCCUCAGCCUGCACCACAUCCUCAGGGUCUGAAGAUGGCAGUGGUGGCAUGAAUAGUGUUAUUACAUCAAGUAAUGCUUCCACAGGCCAACAUGACUCUGUGCCUCUGAUAUCAUCAACAAGUGGCGGCACCACAAGCCGAUCAACUGUGUCUGGACGUCGCAAAGAAAAUGACCAAUCACGCACUCUGAUGACACUGAUGGGUGGACGUGGCUAUGUCAACCUGAGGCAAUUACAAGAUGGCCAGCCUCCUCACACCAAUGACAAAGAUGCACACAUUGUUGUGUGGGAGAUGAAGCUUUAACCAAUCUUCUGUAGACCUUUACUUCCUGUAACUUAUUUAUCUGACUCAUUUUCCAAUACUUUUUACAAACCCUGUGCAAUUGUGAUAUGUCUAAGUUUUGUGCCCAUACUUAGAAUGAACCCUAUAUGUUACAUAUUUAGAAAAGUGAAUAUGUCUUGUUUGACUUAUAAAUGGUUUAUGUCAAGCUUCCAGCACAACAAAUUUGAUGUCUGUGUAUUAUAUAAACGCUUAUGUCAAGGCUGCUUUAUGAGAAGAAAAUAUCUAUUUACAGUAACAUUAUAUUACAGGAUGUUCAAGUGUAAAUAUCAGAUGACCUGCUAUUUUAAAUACAUUAUUUUGGUCAAUACUGCAGACCUUGUUAACCUGCUAUGAAAAUAUUGUAUAAGUGUAUGUAAUAAAAGAAUAUUAUUUUAA